GAGAGAAUGGGUCAGAGAACAGGAAUUGUUGGGUUUAGUCGUUAUCUAUGCAUCACCUUCGCACUCGGUGAAUACUACUCAAAAACUCGUCCAUUCACACCAAAACAAGAAGUGGUCACCAAUCUUCAUUUCUUCUUUCACGACACUCUCACAUCCCCAAACGCAUCAGCUGUCCUCAUUGCCAAGCCUACCCUCACCGGAGGAGACAACAGCUCUUCUCCGUCACCCUUCGGCUCUCUUUUCGCCGUUGAUGACCCUCUUACCGUAGGACCGGACCCGAAAUCUGAGAAGAUAGGGAACGCUAGAGGGAUGUACGUUUCCUCUGGAAAAGAUGUUCCCACGUUAACCAUGUACGUCGACUUCGGAUUCACCUCCGGCAAGUUUAACGGCAGUUCUUUCGCCGUGUUCUCGAGGAACACCAUAAUGGAGAAAGAGAGGGAGGUCGCCGUUGUGGGAGGUCGAGGAAGGUUUAGGAGGCUAGAGGAGUGGCUCUACUCAAUACAUACUCAGUUAACUUGACCAAUGGCGAUGCAAUCGUUGAGUACCAUGUCACUCUCUAUCAUUAUUAACAACAUUUAGAUUUAAUACUACUAUGGUCUAUGGAUAACUAUGUUGCUUUGGAUGUCUUUGAAAAAUUUAAGAAAAGAAAUCAGUAUUGUAGUUCAUACAGAGAGAGAAUCAUAUAGAGAAUCACAAGAGAUUAAGAAUUUCUCUAUGCUCUUUUGUUAUAUUAUU